AUGAAAUUAUGUAUAUUUUUCUCAAAAUAAAAAAUUAUUUCCGAUAGAAUAGCACAAUAAAACUAUAUGACACAUAAACAUUCUAAAAAAUCUUGUUACAUAAACAAUGCUACAACAGAUUUAAAAAAUUCAAUUAAAAUCAGAUAUCUCUAAAAAAAUAUUGAGUUAUGAAUAGAAGACGAUUGGGGACUUGAAGAGAAAGUUGAAUGUCUUUGUUAUUUGAAUGCCUUUAUUAUCUCACUAUGUAAUAUGAGGAGUUAUGCGUCACACUUUUUAACGACAGAUCUCCCAUUGGUCUUUCGAGAAAUGAAUCCGCUUACCUCGAGUUCAAGGUACGUCAAUUAUACAAACUCGAGAUAUAAAUUUCAUUUCCUGUUAAAAUAUUAAUGCUAGGUCAAAUUUCUAUUCCAUACAUAUCAUUCGUAUCGUUUUCAUUCGGGGGAUUGGUCGACCGAACCGCUCGGUGCGGAUGAUCCUCGGCGAGGCGCGCAGCCCGGCGGUCCGGUCUCCAGCAUUCGGUAGCAUUCUCGCGAACGUUCGGUCGGUGUUCGCUCAUUCGUCGAUGGUGACGGCGACAGUAGCGGCGGCGAAGGUGGUGGCGGUGGCGGUGCAAGGACGGUGGUGCAGCCAAGAUGGCGUUCGCCGAGCGGAGUACGCCGUCGGGCAGGAGCGCGUGAGAGAGAAAGGAAUGCCGCGGGGUGCCGCGACGACGACCGCCGACGCUUCGCGCGGGAUGCUCGCGUGAGGUGCGAGAACUGGUCGACGGGUGUGCGUGCGUUCGGGGGUGCGGGCUCGCGACCGCACCGGGUCAUUCGACGUUAACCUAAAGAGUGCGCGGUGCGCGCGGGGAACAGCGGCCGAGCGGCGUGGCGCGGAGCGGCGCGGCGCGGCGCGGCGCGGUGGUCAAGUGACGUGAAGAAGCGCGGUGCGGCGCGGUGCGGACUCGGCUCGGCUCGGCUCGGCUUAGCUCAGCGCGGCGCGGACGGGGACUCCACCUCGGCCGUCGCCGUUGACAUGGAAGCAACCCGACCGAGCGCGCACGAUCGAGCUCGUCGGACGUGAGGCCGAGGUUCUACGGCUACGAGGAACGACGGUCGAGAAUACGACAACCGGCCAUGGCGUCCGUCGUGCGCGCGUGAUUGUCGAUCAGGCGGUUGAUCGUGAGAACGAGAAAGAAAGAGAGAGAGACAGAGAGGAAAAAGAACGUCAGGACGCGUCUAUAACGAGACGGUGCAUAGGGAACGCCGGAAGUGUAGUUAGACCUGCCGCGUGUUUUACGGCGUAAACAAACGCUCUGGCCUAUCGCGCUUUUAUCUCCCUCGCAGCUUCCUUUGCUCGGUUCUCUACGUUUUACUACCACCGUCGUUGGAUCGUGGCUCGCUCCGGACACGUGCUCGGAUUGUUCUAUUCACGUGGUGCGGUGUCGUCCUGAGGUCUCCAGUUCGGUGGAUGGCGUGAUCAAGAUCGAUCCUCGGAGCUGCGAGAGUAGUUUGUCGGAUAGAAAGUCAUAUUAUCUAUCCCGCAUCGCGUUUCUUUAAAUAACUCCAGGAAUUCACGGGAGUUGCAUUCGACUUCGUGUUCUUUCUUGGCGAUUCAUGAAUUUGAUUGCUGUAUCUCUUGCCGAUUUUUAGAAGGAAGGGAAAGGCAUUUUGAAUGACAUUUAAACAAUGUGAGUGUUAAGCUAAUAGAUGAUUAGUUUUGUGUUUAAAUGUGUGAGACAUUCCAUAUCGGUAAGGUAAUACGUUGUGACUUUACGGACAGUGCGCACAAUGUCUAAUAGUCUAGACAGUUUUCUUACACGUAUAGGGGAUGUCACAAUUGAACGUGUGACUCCACGUGGUGGUUCCAAGCCCGGUGAAGCGAACAUGAUGACCAGUGAGACUGCGACAAGUGCAAACAUGAAUGCUGAGCCACAAGCGACUAAUGACGAGAGUUCGGACGAAUCAAGCGGCGAAACGACAGACGGGGAACAAGAGAAGAAGCUCGACGCUAUGCAAUCCGAGGAAAUAGAAGAGAUACGCUCGGAGGGUUCAGGAGACGAUAUGGAUCUAGACGAAACGAUCGACUCACAGAUCGGCGUGAGAAUGGAGUCGGAGAGGCAACACCACCCAUCUCCAGAUGAGGACGACGAGGAACAAGUUAACAUUCUGGAUACUUUACCACUGGAAGGUGCACCUAUAGAAGGUCAAGAAGUAUCUGAAGCUGAUCUGCUUGGAAAGCCAAUAUCAAAGGAUUCAGAAGAUGAGGAAAGUAUGGACAAUGAGAACGAUAAAGACGGACAGUCGGGAGAGGAAGGUACUGAUAGCAACAAGAGACACGCCGAUUCCGAUCAUUCUGAUAGCGCGAAGAAAAAAGCGAAAAAGGAUGAUGGUAGUACCGAGGGUAGCACAUCGGAAUGCGAAUUGAAGCCAGAGAAAAAGCUUGCCAAUAUGCGAAGAAAUAUCCGAGAGGUGAUGGACGAAACACAAUUGGACGAAGCCACAUUGUCCGCUCAGAGGCAGGAGAUGGAACGUCUCAGGCGAGUGCAGGAGCAGCAGAGAAUUAUUCGUGAAGUACAGCGUCAGAUAGCAAUCAACCGGCAAAACAAUAAGGCGCAGACGCGUGUUAUCAGUCUGCUGCAAGGGAAGCAGAAUCAGGCUGGCACUACUAUGAUCUCACAGUCGUCUUCCCCAUCGUCGUCAUUUCCGUCGAUGACGUCGCCGUCAUCCACUCAGGUCCGUUUGCCAAAUACUGUGCUGCUGAAAGUGAAUUCUGGCAUCGGUACUGGUGCUCAGGCCACUCAGACGGCCAGUGGGAUGCAAGCGGGACAGAUGCAGAGAAGAUCGAUCGACAGUGGUAUGCGUUGGCAGAAAGGCAGAGGUGGCUAUCAGGGAGCACAGACCUCUAUCUCACGUGUUCCUAAUCGUUCCAGUGCGCCUAAUAUGUUACAGCAAAGAAUCCGCAUGAUGACACCAUCUGUGAGUAUAUCACCAGUAGUACCCAAAAAGGAGCCGUUGGAUCGAACGGACUACUAUUCCGAUUCCGAAUUAUCCGACAUGGAAGCCGAGGAGGCGAUACGAUGCGAGAAGCAGAUGCAUGCGGCGCGGAAGAUGCCCGGUAUGCCCAAGUACCAGAGAGCACCUAAAGGCAAGGACGUGGUGACGAUAUCCAGCUCUAGCGAGAGUUCGGACGAUGACUGCAUAGUUUUGAGCGAUCCUAGCGGUGAGGAGGAAACUGAUACCGAGGAUGAUCCAUCCAAUUCCGGGAUGCACACCAAUGAUCGUUACAACAUUCCAGACGAGCACGGCCGAGUAUUAAUUAACGUGGGUCAUCCUGAAACCGAACCGGACGUAUUUCUAGCACCACAGGUGGCCCGCAUAAUUAAGCCACAUCAGAUUGGCGGCAUACGCUUUCUCUUUGAUAACAUCAUCGAGACGAUCGAAAGGUACAAGACUAGUAGCGGUUUUGGCUGUAUCCUCGCCCAUAGUAUGGGUCUAGGCAAAACCCUUCAAGUCGCUAGCUUCUGCGAUAUUUUUUUUCGAUGUACCACUGCCAAGACUGUCCUCUGCAUUAUGCCCAUAAACACGCUUCAAAACUGGCUGGCGGAGUUUAACAUGUGGCUACCGUAUGAAGAUCCUGCCGUUACCGCCGAGAAGCAGGUUAAGGCGGCGAACGUCAAAAUGGAGCCGGGAACAGAUAUGAAGCACGAAGUAAAGGAGGAGAGCUGUGGCAAUCAGAGCGACAUGUCUAAUAUGUCGCGGCCUAUUAGUACAGAGUCUGCGCAUCGUUUUAGUCAGGACGCGGUAACCGGUGCGUCACAACAAUCGGUGAACGUCAUGCCGGAGAAUCCCUACGCAAAUCCUCAUCAUGGUUAUGAACAGCGCAAUAUGAUGCCGAGUUAUAUGCAAGAUCCUACUGUAAUGAAUAAGAAUAUGGCUGAAUCUCACAUACCGCAUAUGCCACCGAACUAUCAUCAGGGAGAGAUGCCACAUAAUCCUAUGUACAACGCGAAUUCAAAUCCGCUUUCCAACUUUUCCGAUCCAAUGAAACCAGAUCCAAUGAACUGCCAUGGUAUGCCGUCUGGGCAGAACAUAACGGGGCCAAAAUUUGGCAUUGAGAAUCAGAACACUGGUGUUAUGUAUCCUGGCAUGGAGAAUCGAUCGCAGGGUGUUUCUAUGUAUCCCGACAUGGAAACUCGAAAUGCCGCGGCAAUGUAUCCGGGAAUGGGUAAUCAUCAUCCUGGUUCGAUGUACUCCAAUUACAACAACAUUCCUGGUACGUUUGCGAAUUAUGGCAGCCAGACGAAUCAACAAGAACUUGAACGUGAACCGAAGAAGGAGAACAUGCUAUCGGGAGAAAUGCCACUUCAGCCCAUGGAAGUGAAUGUGAAGAAAGAACCGGAGGAGACGAUUAAAAAAGAAGAGGGUACAUCGACAGUGAAGGAAGAAUUAGCGGACGAAAAGAAGGAAAUGAUAGAAAAGAUAAAAACACCAUACGAUGUAGACGCGCCAGUCGGCAUGGAAGUACGUCCGAGGCACUUCGGUUUGCACAUCUUGAACGAUUCACACAAAACCAUGACGGCUAGAGCGAAGGUGAUACAAGAGUGGCAAUCGACCGGCGGUGUUUUGCUGAUAGGAUAUGAAUUGUAUAGGCAGUUGUCUUUAAAGAAGCCCAACAAGGCAAAACGAAAACGCGGACAACCCUUCAAAGAUACGGUAGAUGUAGAAGAGGAAGAUAAGAACAAAGGUCUGCUGGACGAGAUGCAUUCAGCAUUGGUGAGUCCGGGACCGGAUUUGGUAAUCUGCGACGAAGGCCAUCGAAUCAAGAAUUCACACGCGAGUAUAAGCAUGGCGUUGAAGCAAAUGCGAACGAAGCGCAGAAUUGUAUUAACUGGUUAUCCAUUGCAAAAUAAUCUGUUGGAAUAUUGGUGCAUGGUAGAUUUUGUGAGGCCCAAUUAUCUGGGUAGCAAGAGCGAGUUUUGCAACAUGUUCGAGAGACCGAUACAAAAUGGUCAAUGUAUCGACUCUACUCCACAGGAUAUACGUUUGAUGCGAUAUCGGGCACAUGUGCUGCACGCUUUGCUAGAAGGUUUUGUGCAAAGACGCUCUCACUCCGUGUUGCAAAUGUCAUUGCCUCGCAAGGAGGAGUACAUUCUCCUCGUUAGGAUGACACCUCAUCAACGUAAAUUAUAUGAUACAUUUAUGACUCAGGUAGUAAAAACGCGCGCAGUACCAAAUCCGUUGAAAGCCUUUGCUGUAUGCUGCAAGAUUUGGAAUCAUCCGGACAUCUUGUACUAUUUUCUUCGUAAGCGUCAAGCGAAUGAAGAAGAUGAUUUGGAUCUGGAAGAGACAAUAGCAGAAAAAUCCGCGGCAGGUGGCAAGAAAUCUAAAGCACGCCAACCGAAAGGGGAGUCCAAGAAAACCAAGAAGGGCACGACGAUAAAAAAUAAACCUGCAGCUAGCGUACAACCAAAUGCUUCCUCGUCGUCUAGCAACGAUAAUGCCGAAACUGAAAAUACGCACAAUACUCCAAAACAAAAUAAUUAUACUAAUUAUACGAUGCCAGUUUCUAAUUCUGGAUAUUCUAAUUCCAUGCCGCAAGGAUCUUAUUCUCCUCAUGGAGGAUAUCAAAAUUAUCGUCCAAACGAUCAAAACACAUUCUACAGAAACGAUAACAAUAAUCACGCAGAAUAUAAUCACGGGGACUUCUAUAAUAAUCCAGGACAACAAAGAUAUGGCAAUCAACCGUUCCAGUCAUAUACUCAAACGUCAACAAACUACAAUACGUCGCAGGGGUAUGCCAAUCAAUCGCAAAACUAUAUGCAAUCGAAUGAGCAAUCCGCGAAUCAUUCUCAGAGGUAUAGCGGUGCAGCGGCUGGAUCUGAUUUCCGAUCGGAUCAAAAUCAAGGAAACAAUUACGAGACACCCGGGAUGUUUCCACGCCAGAAUUAUCCCUAUCAGGAUCAGCAGCGCAAUUAUACGUCGAAUUUAAACCAAGGGCCUAACAAUUAUCCCCAGGUGUCUAAUCAACCUUCCUUUCAGUCGCAAAUGCCGAAUCAGUCCACGAAUAUGCCAAUGCCGGAUUAUUCGUCAUAUACCGCAAAUCAAAAUCAAAAUUACACGUCGACGCCAGCGAACAUCUAUCCGCGAAAUGAUGCACAACCACUGCAAAACUCAACGAUGGGAUAUGCGGCGUCUCAACAAGGUCAGCCACCGGCGGCUCAAACACAGACCACUGGUUACAUGGCGUCGCAGCAGAAUCAAAACAUAUCGCCUGGUCAAAAUUCUGGUUUUUCACCGAAUCAGCAGAAUCAGAAUCUAGGUUUGCAGAAUCAAUCUCACCCAUAUGCGAACCAGCAACCGCAAAAUGUGCCUCUUCAGAGCCAAGCACAUGGUUAUCCUACGCAGGUGAAUCCAGCACCUCCACAGACUUCGCAUGCAUUUAAUCAGCAGUCUGCUCCGAUGCCACAAACUCCAUCCCAUGGUUAUAUGCAGGCGAACCAAUCGAAUCAAGGGCCCAUAUCACAGGGUCCCAUACGUGGUUAUACUCCAGCGCCGCAGGGUCAAAUGAACGUAGCGCAAAACCAACCCAAUUAUUCUACCAGUCAAUCCGCGCAAAACGUCAAUGCACAGAAUCAGACACACAGGUAUCUUCCAGAUCAGUCAGGCCAGACGUCGAAUCCACAAAGUACAGUCCAUAGUUAUAGUCAUCAUAUGGUACCUCAAUCUGCAACUUCCAAUCAGGCAGGUCCAUAUCCUCAGCAGAAUCAGCCAGGUUCAGUUGUACCGCCAUCGAACCAGGCUCAUCCUGGUUAUCCGCCGAAUCACUCAGGCGCAAAUGCGAUGUCACAGAAUUCCGCGCACCGAUACGGAGCCGCGCAGCAGACACAGGUGGCUCAAAAUCAAUCUAUGGCAUAUCCUCCGAACCAACAGCAGCCUAAUUCAUCUCUAAGUCAGAAUGAUCAACUUUAUCCCAGACCAGAUGCCGCGGUGUCGCAACAAACGCAAAAUUACGCUUCUACAGCAAACGAAUUUUCGAACGAUCGUUCAGGUGCAGGCACUGUCAGCAAUUCUGGCAAUAAUUACACCGCCAACCAACCACAGACACAGAACCCCGUUAUGCCGAAUUAUUCCUCGGACAGCUCGCAUCAAAAUCCGGCGGCGGUCGGACAGAUAAAGGGCGCAGAUGAGCCUUACUAUAUGCCACAGCGUGGUUACCCGCAAACGUUCCGACCAGAUCAGCAAUGCAAUGAUUCGUACUACAGAGAUCAAAUGAAUCCCGGGAUGAAUCGUUAUUCAAACAACUACUUUCCGCCGCAGAAUUAUCCAAAUCAAUCAUACGACUACGCCACUGGUCAUGGCACGGAUAUGAAUUCGCGACCUGAAGAAUCUAAGUCUUCACAGCAACCCAUUGGUACUCAUCCUUCCGGUACGUCGUGUGACAAGAGCAAUAAGGACAUGACAUCUAGUAUCGGUGUGCAGAGUCAACCAUUGCAUCAGAAUAAUCUCACCGGCCCACCAAGCUACACUGGAGAACCGAAUCGCCAGAGUUCGGCGACUCCCGCGCCUCGAUCAGGACCGGGUGUUAAUCCGGCUCCUCGAUUAAAUCAGAGUGAAUUGACAAAGGAAGAUGAGAAGGAAAAAGAAGACCAAAUAGAAAAGGAUAAAGAGGAUAAAUCUGACGAGGAGAUUCUUGCAAAAGACGAGGAAAAAGAUUGCAAGAGCUCUCCUAGCGGGAAGGAAGAUCCAGGAAUUCCAUAUGAUUGGGCAACAGAGUUGAUGAAAGGAUAUGUACCCGGCUUGAUAGAUGCGUCCGCAAAAAUGACGAUCUUUUUUUGUAUUCUCGAGGAAGCUAUUAAACUGGGAGAUCGCGUACUCGCAUUUUCGCAGUCAUUAUUCACAUUGAAUCUCAUAGAAGAUUUCUUAGCGCGAAAUAGCUUAAAAUAUGCAGAUGGUCAAACUGAUGCUUGGAUUAAAAAUGUGAAUUAUUAUAGACUGGAUGGAAGCACCAGUGCAUUAGAGCGAGAGAAAUUGAUAAACGAAUUUAAUAGCAAUCCGAAAAUUCACCUCUUUCUCGUUUCUACGCGAGCUGGUUCGCUGGGUAUCAAUCUUGUUGGAGCGAAUCGUGCAAUCGUAUUUGAUGCUUCUUGGAAUCCUUGUCACGAUACGCAAGCAGUAUGCAGAGUCUAUCGAUACGGUCAAAAGAAACAAUGCUUUGUUUAUCGAUUGGUCACCGACAACUGUCUAGAAAGGAAAAUCUACGAUCGACAGAUUAGUAAACAGGGCAUGGCAGAUCGCGUAGUCGAUCAGUGCAAUCCCGAUGCGCAUCUUUCGCUAAAAGAAGCGACGACAUUAUCAUGGGACUGGGAGGAGGAUAGUCAAGUACAGGAUUUCUCGCAGAUCAAAGACAGUUAUACGGACGAAGUUAUGCACUGCGUGUUAGAACGCUAUUCUUCAUUACUCACCAAACAACCGUUUCAUCACGAGAGUUUGCUCGUUGAUCGAAAGGACAAGAAGCUCAGUCAAGCUGAGAAACGAUUGGCCCGUCGCGGCUAUGAGCUUGAAAAGAUGGCAGCUAAUUGUUCUAGACCUAGUUAUAAUUAUGUUCCUGGAAAUACAGCCACGAGAGCAGGUGGAUUACAAAUCAGAGCAAUUCGCGGUGGUGAUGGUGGUCCCACCCCGAAACCGGUGGCAUCUGUUAGACCUAUGCAACAACGAGGUGCUGAAGGAUUAAGUCCGCGAAGCGUUACUGGCAGCAGAUGGAUUCCGGCGGAAGUAUGGCAAAGACAGGGAAUGAGUGCGCAAGAGAUGACGCUACCUUUAGAUGUAGUUAUACCGACUAACUCUCCGGAUAAAGGAAGUAUCGUUCUGAAAGCGGGACAGCGGGUAAUGGUGCUGAAGAGUCCAAAAGGCAUUUACAUGCAACUUGAAUCUGGCAAAAUUAUAGCAAUUCGCACCGCGCUUAAAUUGAAUCAGCAAAAGCGAGAGGAAGAGCCGAAGAAAGGAGUUUCCUCGAUGAUACAGAGGAAUUCCAAGUCCGAGGUUGGCUUUCCUUUACGCAAUAACUCGGCUAUUUCCAUAAUACCGAAAUCAUCCUCAACUAAUCAGACUGGCGGCCGGCCUCUCAAUAAACCAUCACCGAGCCCGGGUUACAAACCGUUCGGUGAUAAAGAAAUCUCUAAGAGACCCAAACCAGUUGCUACAGCAACAGCCAAACCUUAUUUAAGUCAAGUAAAUUUAACUAACCAAGUUUCUCUGUCGAGACUACCCAAAGUUAAGCAAGAGCCAAUGGAUCAUUCCACGCUUGGAGAUAAUUCUAACUCAUCUGAUGGUCAGUUGAGAACAGAACAACGUGUCGAAGAAGUUAGAUUGGAAGAUGUAGUGGCAGAAGUGAGCUCGAACACUGAGUAUAGCCCUUCUAAUCAUACUCGUACCACUAACUCGGAUACGGAUACAUCUUUGCCAAAAUCGUCCGAGGAAAGCACUCAAGUUUAUACGCCUGAUACUGUUUCUCUCGCGCAAAGUGUUCAAACACAACAUGAUCAGUCUGAAUCGGAAAUGCCGCCAACUUCUGAUAAGCAGUGCUCGCCGGCAGAGAAGGAACCUUCUAAGCCGGGUACACUAACAAAUUAUAGUCGACCCUUCCACAAUCAAACGGAGAAGCGAGAAACUUCCAAUGAUGAUAUCAUUGUUGAGGAAACGUCUCAAACAUCGCAGAUGACGUCGCAGGUAACACCGCAGAUGACGUCGCAGAUGACGCCACAAGUGACGCAACAAGUAACACCACAGGUCGCGACACAGACGCACGCAAUUGUUCCUGGCCCAAUGACUUCUCUGUUGGCACCACAGCCAGUACCGUCAGCUAUGCCGAUACCAUCGACUAUGUCGAUACCGCCAAGCUUACCGGUACCGUCAAAUAUAUCACCGAACAUGUCAGUACCAUCGAACAUGCCACCAAGUUUACCGCCAAGCAUGCCGGUAUCGUCAAACUUGCCACCAAGUAUACCACCAUCGAGCAUACCGUCAAGCAUACCAUCAAGUAUGCCAUCUAAUAUGCCAGUAACGUCAAGUAUAUCGUUGAAUAUACCAUCAAGUAUGCCGAUACCAUCAAGUAUGUCAAUAUCAUCCAGUAUACCGGUAUCGUCAAGCAUACCAGUAUCAUCUGGUGUACCGGUAUCAUCUGUAAGAAGCUCGGAAGCACCUAAAAGUAUCGCCGAUUCAAUCACCAGCGCAACAUCGACCGCUUCUGUAUGCACUAGCACUAAUAUCACUUCUCCAAAAAGUGCCGAGCCAACUCCAAGUAUGCGAGAUAACAUGAUCCAGAGUGACCCGACGCCGAGCGUACCCCAGGGAUAUCCUUACGCUCAGUAUCCGAGAUACUAUGACUAUAGCGAUCCGCGAUCCCGUUCACUUUCUAAUCCCUAUGGCACUUACUUCCCAGGCGUUCCACCUCACACGGCAAAUCCCAGCAGUAGACUGCCAGUAGACACGACGAAGCCUCAGCCGGACUUGGGCAAACCUAUGGAUGAGAGGAACGUGAUGAAUGUGCCUACCGCUUACACUUCUCAAAUACCAAGCAUUACUGCCAAAACGCUAACGAGCAACUCUGCGACGGAGUCUAAGAGUACGGACAGUACGACGGUGACUACCACGGUGGCUUCGUCAAGCAGAGAUGAGACGCAUAUACCUACUGCAUUUAGUCAUCCCACUAGCACGCGAUAUCCGGGACCGUAUCCACCAGGUCCGUACGAUCCGUACUCGCAGCACUAUCCACCGGCGCCUGGCUCUUCCGCGGCUUAUCCUCCAGGUGGAGCACCCGGCUAUCCAGCAUAUGGUGGACCCAGUUACAAUACAGAUUAUGCUCGUAUGUACUCGGCGUUCCAUGGUCCACCACCUCCAACAGACCCCUACAUGCACAGAGGAUAUGCUCCUCCCUCUUCGCAUCCUCCUAAUUAUUACUCACCAUUCCCUCAUCCUCCACCACCCUAUGGAAAUUAUUCGUUUCUGCCGUAUCCGAAUCCGAAUAUGUCCAGCGAGCCUCAACCACCUACUCAGUAGGGAAGCAACGCGGCUAAUGAUAAUCCUGGGUUAAUAGCUGCGAAAAGCGAGAAAGGCGUCGCAAAGACUCACAGCCGCGGUUACGAAGCUUAAUAGACUGAAGUUGUAAAACGCAUCGAUGUAAAUAUUUAGUCAGAAAUAAUGAGAUAUUAAGAGGAUAUUUGAUGGUAGGUAUUUCGAAUACUUCGCAAUACCGAUAUGUAAUGUCAUGAAGGACGAGCGUGAUCGCCGUCACAGCAUUGAACUGUGCAAUCUGUUGAAAUGUUCAGAAUAUUUUAACUUUUGACUUUGUCAACGUCGUUCUUGCGAUGCGUUUUUAUUCACUAGUUAAUUACAAGAAAAUGUAUUCAUCAAAUGGACAAAUUACUCCUUUGGUUGAUCCUCCAGUUUCAUAAGAAUGGCAUCAAGUGAGAUUUUUUACGAAUGCUUAGAUUAUGCAAUUUAGAUUGCAAUAUGUUUCAUAUAAUUGCGUUCCUCGUGACUUUUUCUACUUUUUGUACUUGCGCGCUGUGCUUUGUCAGCUUUUUAUCCAUAGCUUUUAAUGUUAAACCUGAUUUAUAGACACAUAUGAUUCUUCAGGAAGAUUAAAGGAUGAGUAAAUUGUACCAUUUGAAUGAUUAAAGAGAGGAAAGGAGCGCUGUAUACUAUCGUUUAGUUUCACGCGUUACAUUUAAUCACUUAGCUCAUUUUUGUAUAUCUUGUAUAUCAUUUUUGUAACGAAGAGGGGGAUGGUCAUUACAAUGGAACAAAAUUCUCGUAUAAAAAAAUGCUUAACAAUAUCCAUGACGCGUUCGUUCUCAAUUUCAAAACCCAGGAAUUAAAGAUAAAAAUUGUGACUAAAAGAGCAGACUUAUAUAUGAGAUUUUGACUACAUCUUUUUCAAGACUCGAUGAUGAUAUUAAUUGAUAUCCAUGUUAUACGGGUAAUACUUUAGAACUUAAACGUAAGAAUAUUCUUAUGUAUUAGCUUUUUAUUAAAAUUAAUUUGUAAUUUUUGUUUAACUAGAAGAUUUAAUUCUCUUGAUUUUUGGGGGGAAUUUUUUAACUUUGAAGGGGAAAUAAUGUAUAGAAAAUUUCCAUGACAAAUUUUUCGUGAAUUUAUAUUUGAUCGACUGAUCCCUCUUCAUGAUGAUACGGUAAGAGUAAUGAAUAUUUGCAAGAAUAUUUUGCUAUCUAGACCACUAAUUUUAAAAUACAGAUCAAAACUUUCGCGCAUGAAUGUUUUAGAAUCUAUUGUGCAGUGAGAUGUUUUCUUCUAUUUCAUUGUACAACAUGCUUCAUGUAUUAGCCGUACAUGUAAUUACAAUGCAUUACAGUGUGACACUCGGUGAUUCAAAUCUUCUACCUUGAAAAUGUUUCUUUAAAGAUCUGGGUUGUAUAAAGCAUUAUUUUAUUUAAAAUAUGCUUUUUUAGCACAAUAAUGUUAAUUUUAAUGCAAUUUCAUCUUAUGGUAUUUUGAGUGAAAUUAUUGUCUAGAUCAAGAGUUUCAGAAAUCGAAACAUACUCGAAAUUCCGGUUUAGACAAUGAUUAUAUUACUUUAUUUAGAUACUAUUAUAAUUUGCACGAUAGAUGAGAUAAUUUUAUUUGUAAAGACAGUUUUAGGACGAGAGCAAUGAAUCGUGCAGAGAGCAAAGUUUGGUUUGCAUUAUGCAUCACUCUUCCGUAACAAAUGUACUUUUUAAAAUAAUAUAUUGUUUGUAUUCUUUUUUUCAACGAGCGUCGAGAUCGGUUGCUAUUCUCUGCGGCACGCAUCACGUCGCGUCUACGUGUCGUCUCUUUCAAACCAUUUUCCGCAUACAUAUAAUUAAACUCAUACGUACAUACAGUAUUCAUGGAACAUUUAGCAGCCAGUAAAUUACAGUUUACAGCAUCCCUAGCGAGUUGUAUAUGGACUACGUAUUAUACUAUUAAACGUUACGGUUUCCGAACUAGAUCUAAUCUUACAGUAGAGCGUAGGAUUGUUGUUAACUAGGAAUGUCUUACGACUUAUAAAAAAAGGAGGAAAAAAAAAGCAAACAACUCGCCGCGUCUCUCAAAGACGCGUAAUGUAAGCGUUAAGGGGAGAGCCAUGAUUUUCAGGAGCGACUCUUCAGACUCGGAACUGUGAUAUUUUAUUAUUAAUCUCGUGUCGAAUUCGCGCUGCACGCUCUUGCCCGGAAUCGAAGUCUCCGACCUUUCGGUUUCGGCGGGAGUUUCACGGGCGGACCCGGAGAGACAUUCCUUCCGGGUUCGCUUACGUGACGCUCGGUCGAAAUUGUUGCAUUUACGUUAGCGUAAGUCAAUCGGGUGCACGAGAUGGCUAAUCCGUUUUUCCAAGUGGGACGCAGAGGCGCGCACGGGUCUAUCAUGGUGCUCCCUGUACACAUUAUUACAUAGACCAGUGGUAUUCAACCCUCUUUUCCCCGGCGUCAAUCCCGAGAGCAAUCCUGUCGUGCUCUUUGAAGAAUAUAUAUAUAUAUAUUAUAUAUUUUUUUAAUUUUUUUCCCUCGGAAUUUUGUAUACUCUUCCGAAGGUACCCUUUCACUCGCGAAAGAUUUUUGAUAAAACUGUUUAUUUCUCUACGAUUUUGUAUUCUUGUUUGUAAUACUUGCGCUUUCCACAAGUUCCUCUUACAUACUAUAACGACAGAGAUGAGCAAUUCUCUACUAUGUAUAUUCUUCAGAACUUUAUACAGAUGUAUUUAGACUUCUUUUUUUUAUAUUCACACCUCUUCGUACUUACCAAAGUUCACUUUUAGCAGAUCGCGCCGUGGAUCCUCCUAGAAUGUGAAAGCCCGCAUCUUGACGCUCCUCCCACAAGGGGCAUUCCAGGUUGAAUACCUCUGAUUAUAGACGAAUUAUUCUAGUGAGAUAAGCGUUCGUGCUGGAUAUAUGAUUAGUAUAAUACUAUGUCUCCCGCGACGGGUCUCGGUGUUGUCUGUUUGCCGCGCGAUGAGACGCGAUGUCCCUUACCUAUUACCCCUCCUUCCUUCGUUCAUCCUCGUUUACUUGGGACGCGGUCGCGGCCGCAUGUUUCGUAGGUUCUAAGGUGUACAGGUGUUACGUUUAAGCGCGACGCUCAAGUAAGCUGUGCAAUCCUAUGCGAACAGGCGACAGGGAGACCAUCGCGUAAAAACUCGCGCGCGCGAGAGAGCCGCGAGCCGUACCGUUGUUCUGAAAGCGGUCGUGGGAUUCGUCGUCAAAUCGAGAUCCAUCCCGGAACCUCGGGGGUGUGGCUGUUGAGUUCUGUUCCAUUGUAACAUAAAGAUCGCCCUCGACGUCGCCGCAGACUAGAAAUCGAACGCGCGCGCGCGCGCGCUUGGUGUUAAACGUGACGGCCCGGCUUCGAGUUCCGUUCGCAAAACAUAACGAAAAUUCAUUCGAUGUUAUUUAGGACUAAAUGUGGAUUGCAAACACAAAUCCGUGACUUCAUACUCUUGUCGAUUAACGAUCAAUCGAUUAGCUUUAUCGUUACAUAUAAUUAUUUUAUACAAGUAAUAUGCUUGAUUAAUAUAAUUGUUUAUAAUAAGAUAAACGAGCGAAGUGAUACGGGCAUUUCAGUGAGACUUUCGAGGAUCGACUUGCGACACUCUCAGAACAAACGGCUCAUUUAGCUGCAGAAGGAAAGCAAUUAUUUCAUCUGUUAUAGCUUCUUUGCCAUUUACAUACUUGUACAUACUCAUUCUUUACAUUUCAUACUUUAUUUAUUAUUAUACAUUAGCCAUUAUUAUCGCUUUUUUUUCGAUGUCAGAGUAUUACCCUUAUGUAAAAUAAAUUGUUUACACUGAUGAGAAGAUUGUUUUGCUCAUAUUAUAUUGUUGCACAAAACGAGAGAGAGAGAGAGAGAGUGUGUGUGUGUAUGUGCUGCGUGUGUGCGUGCGUGUGUGAAUGGAAUGAGAUACAUACACUUGUUUUUUACAACAUUCAUCUUUGCAUGUAAAAACAAAUUAGCUCGCAGUUUCGUGUUUUCGCCGCAUGUUUAAGACAAAACAGUUUGAUUUCAAGAACAGACUGUUUUUGUUCGGUAAAUUUCUUGAGAAAUUUGCAGGAAUUUUGCAUAAAAUCGUCCAAUAGACAAUAAAUGAAUCUAAUUAUUUCAAAAAAUUUUGGGAAAGUUAAAGAGGUAAAAUCUUAACGACGGAUUUUCGCAUUGCAUUACACUUUGCGAUAUUGUUUUCGAAGAAAAUAUUUUCUGCAGGAGUCAUUUUCAUGGUAAUUCAAUAAAUCUACGACUUAAUUUUAGCUUAUCUAUGACGCAAAGAUCUGGAAGGACCAUCAAGCGACCGCCUUUCAGCUUGCGGCGAAAGCACGCAAUGCGCGGUAUAAAUGCUUAGUAUCGUAAGGGAUGAUUCAUGCGAAAUCAACAUUAUGGAAUUUAUUAAGCUAAUUCGUCUGAACAUGAGAGAUCCGUCUUUCAUUCUGAAUUUUUGCGUCGACGCGAUGAGAUUUUCGCGAUGUACGCUCUUCGUCUGUAUGCGUUAGGAUGACUUAAAAAUGCAUGUUACACGCAGGCUGAGUUUAUUAAAAAAAUUAUAAUAAAUUUGCCAGCGAAGGAUUAACAAUGCUUUGUGUCGCCUUUUCUUCAUUUUUUUUCUAACAAGCUUCGCGUUUUCAUUGCAAUUUUUCUAUAAACUAUUAUAUUAAGGCGCCAUGUGAGAUAAGGUGAGAUAUAAUUUAAAUGAAAUAAAGAUAUUCGGAUAUUAAA